AAUGGAUUUGCCAAGUGUCUAAUAAUAGAUUUACUAAAUUUAAAUGGAGAACUCAUCUGAAGAAGCUAAAAAAUUUGUAGAGGAACUUCAAUGGUGCAUCACUGAACUAGAAAUUGGUUUACAGAGGCAGUCUCCUGAUUCUAAGCAAGUGGCUGAGACAAUAAAAAUAUUAAAGAUCCUGAACAGUACCAAGGCACCAAUGGUUAAGAAGAGACAGGCCAUGAGGAAUGCUCUUGGAGAUUAUAGAAAAAAGAUGAAAGAAGCAGAGGCUAAGUCCUUGUCAGGACUGCGGCAUUCUAGAUUUCAACCUCUGGGAAACAAAAUCCACAGAAAAUCAAAAUUUCUCAAGCAAAGCCACGCCAAGCAACAGUUUCUAGCCAAUAGCCAGCUGGAAAGUAAUUUAAAUAACCUCACUCUCAGUUCUACAACACAACAAAAUGGGGCAACACCCAUUACAAACCAUGACACUGAAAAUUCUAACCCUCAUACUAUUGAAGUCAUGAACGCCAGUGACUCCGAUACCAGGGUCACCAAUGACUCCUCUGCCGCCUGCUGUAGUAAGUCACUUCACGACAGUUUCAAAUUCCUGCCCUCAGACAACUCGUUCAGUUUUGGAUUUGAGAGUGAGCCGCAGUCUGCCAGUGCAAGCGGCAACUCAAACGAAGUCGGCGCUGGUCCUGAAAGUCUGCAGAGUCUGUGCAAUAAGAGUUUUGGGGGUGUGAAACUUGAAUGUGACAAUAAAACAGGUGUGAGAAACUACUACAAAUUUACGAACUCUUCCAACGAGUUUACUUUUGGUUUUUAAUGCCAUAUCUGACCAGAACAAUAUGAACUUUUAAUGCUAAAUACUUUGUUUCGUUUCUGAUAUAAUUAGUUUUAUGUAUAAAUAAUUUGUUUUGUUUAUGAAAUAAUUUGUUUUAUUGAUAAAAUAAUAUUUUAUAAGUAGAAUUUAUCUUAGUAUGAAGUUUUAGUUUUUGACGAAUAAAAUAAUAGAUUUUUUAGUUGAAGGUUUUAUUUAAAGGAAAUAAUUUGUUGUUUUUAUAAAUGCAUUUGUAAUGUAUUUACUAAAGAAAUUAAUUUACAGUAUUGUUUACUGUAUGAAUAGUUAAAUCACAGUGAAUUAAUUGUCAAUCAAAUUAGUGCAUAUUGAAAAAAUCUUGAUAGGAUUUUUUAUUAUAUAUAAUUUUAAACAACAGUGACAUUUAAAUAUUGAUAAGCUACAUAAACAUUUUCUGAGCCAGCAAAAAGUUGAUUUCAUGUUUGUUACCUAGAAUCAACAGCCUGCUGGACAGUUUUUUUUUUAACUUGUGAGGGCAGGGCGUGUAUAUUUUCUAUAUGUGCACAGUGUGUUUGAUCUGUUUGUGAUUUUAGUGUUAAUGAAAUAAAUGGUUUGACAUUGACAAGUUGGUUUAAAGAAAGUGACACUGCCUAAUGAGAAAAUUUGAUAAUUUUGAAUUUUAUAAUAUUGUGUCUAAGUGU